CAAAAAAAAAAAAAAAAACGGUUGCCUCUGCCGCGGCCGCUGUGACGCUGCCGACGUCGCUGCCGGCGUCGCCGUUUUCGAGUUGGCGCUGCGUUGUCGUUGUCGUUGUUCAAUGGCUAAAAACUCGGGUGUGUGCUGCGCGCAGAGCAUGUGAAAAAUUGACAACGUUUGCGCCAGAUAACAUAUACGUUGCGAAUUUAUUUAUAACAAAUUCACGAAAAUUAACCGAGCAGAGUGCAUAUGUGUAAAUAGAUAAAAGGAAAUCAAGAAAAUAAAAAAAAAUUAUAUAUAUAUAUAUAAAUAAUUGUUGUGCAAAGCAAAAAGUGCAGCCAAAAAAAAAAAAAAAAAAAUGCAAUCGCAUUAAGGCAACUGUUGUUGCCCAGUUGCAGCAACAACAGCAAACCCGAAAAGCAACUUAAAUUAAUAGUUUAACUUGCAGAGAAAAUAAUACGGGGAAAUCUAAAAGAAAUCCAAGUGUUAACAUUAAAGCGAAAUCUUUUUUUUUUUUUGUGGGGCACUUCCGAGAGAAUGUCGCAGUGCAAUAAUGUUGCAACUGUCGGCAGCAGCAAGAGCAACAACAGCAACACGUUAACACCACCACCAAACAAAUCAAUCAAUUCUGCGGCCAACAACAAGUGUUUAAGCCAAAAGAGUUCGGCAUGAAAUGGAAGCAGCUAUACGCUCCACUUCAGUGCAGGUCGGUGCUCCGCCGCCCACAAACAACAACAACAACAACAGCAGCAGCAGCAGCAGCAACAGCAGCAACAACAACAGCAACAGUAGCAGCAGCAGCAACAACAACACACCCAAUAGUGCGCAGCAGCAGCAGCAACAUCAGCAACAGCAGCAGCAGCAGCAGCAACACCAACACCAUCAGCAACAGCAGCAGCAGCAGCAGCAGCAGCAGCAGCAGCAUCACCAGCAGCAACGAGUUGUCGCCAGUAGCAACCAGCAACAACAAUUGCAGCAGCAACAGCAACAGCAGCAUGAUAAUGGACCAACGGCCCAUCAUUUGCAUCAAUCAUCUAUCAGCAUCUCUAAUCAACAGAAUAAAGCAACGCAACAGCAGCAACACCAAAAGCAGCAGCAGCAACAGCAACAGGCUGCCAAUAUGUCCGCGUAUCAGCAACGCCUGCCAUCAAAUGCACCUUCGCUUCACAGGGCCCUCGAGCUGCCACAGUAUGCCAAGCAGGUGGCGCAGCUACAGCAGCAGCAGCAGCAGCAGCAGCAUCAGUCGCACCACCAGCAACAGCAACAGCAGCAGCAGCAGCAGGACCAGCGCACCACUCUGCAUCCGCAGAUCCACCACCACCACCAACAGCAGCAGCAGCAGCAGCAGCAGCAGCAGAUGCAACAACAGCAGCAACAGCAACAGCAACAGCAACAGCAACAGCAGCAGCAAUCCUCGAGAGCGGCAGCCAGUCCUUUGUCACCACCUCGUCCUGGAAAUCCUGGUGCGGCAAGCAGCAGCGGCAGCAACAGCAGUAGUGCAGCAGCGGCAGCAGCAGCAGCGGCAGCGGCGGCGGUGGCCGUCAAUACCGGUUACCCGCCACCGCCCCCGCAGCAUCGUUUUAUCCAGAACACCGGCUACAGCAUUGGUCCGGCGCCCACCUACCGUGAGAGUCACUACUCGCGUCACACCCAAAUUCAGCAGCAGCAACAGCAACAGCAGCAGCAGCAACAACAGCAGCAACAACAGCAGCAGGCAGCAGUAUCGAUGCCCGAAUAUCAAAGGGCAGCGGCUCGGGCUGCCGUGGCAGCGGUUUCGGCGGGUAAAGGCAGCGCUUCUGGCCAGAGUUCCAACAGCGGCAGCAGCAGCGGUGGAGGAAGUGCCGGUGGAUCAGCUCCACCCGGUGGCGGUGUCGUCCAGGUGUCUCAAUCCGGCGGAGUUCUGGUCAUGGAGGCCAUGCCCCAUUAUGCCAGCCAACCAAAUAGUAAUCCCUCCCAGCAGCAACAGCAGCAGCAGCAGCAGCAGCAACAGCAGCAGCAGCAACAGCAGCAGCAGCAACAGCAAGGCGGCGGUCCCAGUGGCGCAGGAGCAACAUCUGUUGCUGGUGGCGGCGGCGGCGGCGGCGGUGGCGGCAGUACCAGCAUAAUGGUCGGCAAUCUGGGGCGCAUCCUUGUGCCCCACUCACAGGCUCUCCAAUACACCAGCGAGUACCUGACCAAUGCCACUGCGGUGGCCGUUGCUGCGGCGGCGGUCAACCAGCGACAGCAAUUGCAACUCCAGCAGCAGCAGCAGCAGCAGCAGCAACAUCCGCCCGAGCCAUUUGGCGGCCAGCAGCCGUACAAGAAGCAACGUCUGAGCGAGGCCAAUGCCAGCAACAUGAAUCACCUGCCACCUCACCCGCAGCAACAGCAGCAACAGCAGCAGCAACAACAACACCAGGCACACCAGCAACACCAGCGAUCCUCGCCAGCCCAAGUGCAACAGCAGCAACAGCAGCAACAGCAGCAACAACAGAUAAACAGCAGUCGGCAGAGUCACAAUGAUAUGUGCAGACAAGUGGUCACCACGCCAAUGGGCAUGCAACUCAAGGUGGAGACGCUGCCCCAGCAGCAGCAGCAGCAGCAGCAGCAACAACAGCAGCAACAGCAACAGCAACAUCAACAGAUGCAGCAACAGCAACAGCAACAGCAUGCCUCACAAUCCCAGAACCGAUCGCAGCCACCAGUGAGCAGCAUGUCAUCUGGAGUGGGUAUGCCAGUGGGCACUGUCACCGUUUCCAUGGCGGGAUCGUCCGGCAGUCACGGCGGCAGCAGUCAUGUUGUCGCCGGAACGGGCUCCGGAAGUACGGGAUCCGCCAGCACAGAAGCCUAUCACCCUCAGGUGGAGGCCAUCUCACCCACGUUGCCCAGCGACAGUUCAAUCGAGGAACGCGGACGGACCAGCGCCAAGGAGGAUCUGCUCAUGCAGAUCCAAAAGGUGGACAACGAGAUCAAGUCCGCCGAGACGACAAUGGAAACGCUGCGCAAGAAGGAGAAGUCGCUGAUGGAGGAGGCCGCUCUGGCCAAGGAGGCCAAGGCCACCAAGGAGCGGAACGAUAACAACAACGAUCACAACGAUGGGCAGGGGGACGUGGCGUCUGUGGAGCUGGCCUGGCGCAGUCAAAUGCUAGCGAUGAAGAUCUAUGCGGCCAAUCGGAAGACGGCCCAUGCGCAACAUUCCAUGCUGCAGGGUGCAGCAGCCGAUGAAUCCUCUGCGGGCACCGUUGCGGGCAGACCCUGGCUACCGCUCUAUAACCAGCCCCUCGAUGUGGAGGCCCUUACCCUGUUGAUUCGUCAGCAUCAGAGCCAGGUGCGGGCACCACUGCUCCUGCACAUCCGGAAGCUGAAGGCCGAGCGUUGGGUGCACAAUCAGGGCCUGGUGGAGAAGUAUACCAAGGAGCAGGCGGAUUGGCAGCGCCGCUGCGAACGGAUGGAGGCCAGUGCGAAGAGGAAAGCACGCGAGGCCAAGAAUCGUGAGUUCUUUGAGAAGGUAUUCACGGAAUUGCGAAAACAGCGCGAGGACAAGGAGCGCUUCAAUCGCGUCGGCUCGCGAAUCAAAUCCGAAGCGGAUCUUGAGGAGAUCAUGGAUGGCCUGCAAGAGCAGGCACUCGAGGAUAAGAAGAUGCGAUCCUAUGCGGUAAUACCGCCCCUAAUGCACGAUGCCCGCCAGAGGCGAUGCGCCUAUCACAACGAAAACGGACGCAUCGAGGACAUGGUGGCGGUGCAUCAGCAGCGUAAGGCACUCAAUAUGUGGACCGCCGGCGAGAAGGAGACGUUCAAGGAGAAGUAUUUGCAGCAUCCGAAAAACUUUGGGGCCAUUGCGGCCAGUUUGGAUCGCAAAUCGCCUCAGGACUGCGUUCGCUACUACUACCUCAGCAAGAAGACCGAGAAUUACAAGCAGCUGUUGCGUAAAUCCCGCCAGCGGACGCGCAGUUCACGCAAUCCGGCAAAGGCUCAGGCCGCCCAGCCGCAGUGCAUCAUCGAUUCGAUGACCACGGGCGUAAUGACGCGUCUGCAGCGUGAGCAGCAGCAAAAGUCCGGUGGCCGUUCAUCGGCCGUUGCCGAGCGGGAAAGAGCGGAACGGGCUGCCGAGCGGGAGCGUGUGGCGGAGAAAGCGGCUGCGGAUGCGGCCAAGGCGGCUGAAAGUGCCGCCGAGAAGGCUAGUGCUGCCACCAAAGCCGUCGAGGCGACGGCCGCCGGUGAAAAGGUGGCCAAAGCGGCGGCAGCAGCUGCGGCGGCAGCAGCAACAACAACAACAGCAACAACAACAGCAGCAACCACAACAACAGCAGCAGCAGCAUCAGCAGCAGCAGCAACAACAACAGCAACAGCAGCAAGUCCCGCAGCAGCAGCGGCAGCGCCAGCGAUGGAUAAAACGGAAGCAGCCGCAGCAGGGAAGUCGGCAAAUGUCAGUGAAAAGAAUGCGGCGACAGCAGGAGGUGCCACAACAGCAGCAGCAGCAGCAACAGCAGCAGCAGCAGCAGCAUCAGCAACACCAGCAACAGCAACACCUGCAACAGCAACAGCAACACCACCAGAGAUCUCAGCGGGCGGCGGUGGCGAGGCCAAGAGCAAAACCGCCGAGGAGGAGGCGGCAGCAACAGCCGGAGCAGCCACCGUGGCCACGGCCGGCACACCGGCGAGUGGAGCCAGUGCGGCCAGUGCGGGCGAGGCAACGACGGCGACGGGAGCAACGGCCACGGCUGCCGCCAAGGGAGCAGGCAAACCAGAAACUGCGACCGAGCCGGCGGGAACGGCGGCCAAGGGAGCGGACUCACGGCCGGAAAGCAACGAUCCGUUGGCCAAAACUGGUCCCAAAGCUGUCAAUGCCGAGGGCUAUAAUGCCAACGGUGGCAGCAACACCACAUCUGCCGCUGCAGCGCCACAGGGCGUGACCUUGAACGGCUUUAAGCCGGGCUACCAGACCGUCGUAAUGGCCAAUGUGAAGGCGACUCCGGGUGGCGAGGAUUCAGCGUCCGGCGGAGCAGCACCUGGAUCUGGAGCAGCAGGGAAUGCCACGGGCACGACGAUUGGCGAUAAAAUCGUCAAGACAACGCCGCCAACAAGGGCUACUUCGAAUUCCACAUCAUCGUCGACGGCAGCGGGUGAAAGUGGUGGUGGUGGAGUGCCCACCUUUGCCCAUACGGCCACCACGGCUGGCAACUAUCUUGGCCAAAAACUAAAGGCGGCUCAGGUCGAGGGACUGGGAGCCGGCAAUGAUCUGCACUCGGAUGUUAGUGAAUCCAAGAGGAAGCGUUUCGAACUGAAUUCUGGUGAGGCGACAGGUAAUGCAACAUCGGCUAAUGCCAAUAGCAACACCAGCGGGAACAGCAACAUCAACAUCAACAUUAGCAACAGCCAUGGCAUGAAGGCCAAUGCCAAGGACGCUUCGAUUGGCAAAAUAUCGCUGCCAUCGGCGUCCUCUACUUCGGUGGUCACAUCCAUUGCGGCAGCGGCAGCGGCGUCCUCGUCAUCGAUGUUGCUGAUCAGUGCCGCCUCCAUCAUGUCCACCGCAUCGGGAGCCAUCUCCUCCAGCACGGCGACCACCACGGCCACGGCUACGGCGACCUCAAUGCCUUUACUGGCGGACGGGAGCGCCAACUCGAUGGUCAACGCCUCCGACAUUCUCGCCCUCGAUGGCAAAGACAAACUGGCCAGCUGCUUUGUGUGCAAGGCGGAGGCGUGUCCCCGGACCCGCCCAUUGAAGAAGGGGCGUGGCCAGCAGUACGGCAUUCCGGACGACACAAUACCGGCGGGGGCGCGUGUCUGCAAUAGCUGCCAAUGCAAAUCGGUGCGCAGUCGGUAUCCCAACUGUCCACUGCCCACAUGUCCCAAUCCGAAGGAUCGAGCCCAGCGCCUGCGGAACAUUCCCUCCCGUCUCUUUGAACUGGCACCGGAGGUUCGUGAUCCGGUGAUGGCCGAAUUCCAAAUACCCCCGCAUGCCACACGCUGCUGUUCGGCCUGCCUGAUGCGCAUCCGUCGCAAGCUGGAUCCCCAGCUGAAUCUCACCGACGGCUCCACUGGCAACGCUGGCAGUGGCAGUGGUGGCGAUGAGACGGAUGUCAGCACCUCAUCCUGCGACGAACGGGAGCCGGGUGGCUCCGAUACGGCAUCCGUUGAGAGUCCAGAGAAUCUGCAGCGUCACAAGUCGCUAACGAUGGUCAAACAGCAUCAGCAUCAGCAUCAGCAGCAGCAUCAGCAGCAGCAUCAGCAUCUCCAGCAUCAGCAGCAGCAACAGCAGCAACAGCAAUUGCAGCAUCAGCAGCAUCUCCAGCAUCAGCAACAGCAGCAGCAGCAAUCAACGGGUCAACUUUCACAGCCACAGCCACCGCCAGCCCCACAACAGAAGCCAUCGACACCGCGGGGCGACAACAACGCGACGCCGCUGAUUAUCACACCCACACGGAUGAGCAGCAAGGCGGGAUCGGCGGGAUCGGUGGGUUCGAUGGGUUCGAUGGGUUCGAUGGGUUCGACUGGUUCGGCGGGAGGACAACAGCCGUCUGCUGUCGGUGAUAAUGAACGCCUGCUGCCACCAGCCGCCGGACAAGCGCCCAAGAAGCAGAAGACCAGCGAGGAGUACGAUUCCUCGGCGACGGAAACGGCCGAUGAGGAGAAUGAGAAUUCGCCGGCCAAUCGGCAGAGUCCGAAGGUGCUGUUCCAUGGUCAUGCUGGUGGUGGCCAUGGUCAUGUGGGGCAUGUCAAUAAUGUGUCGGGCUUGCAGCCACCGGUGGCAAAUAUGGUGGCGGGUGGAGGAGCACCAGGCGGUGGAGCAGCACCUGGUCAGCAGGUGAAUGGACCGAUCAGUAUGCGACGCGAGGCGGUCAACAAUGUGCAGGAUUGUGUGUUCUCGGUGAUUGAGCGUUCGCUGAAACACAAGGGACCGCAACACAAGGGCGGUCAGGGGCAGGGUCAAGGACAAGGACAAGGUCAAGGACAAGGACAAGGUCAAGGGCAGGGUCAAGGUCAAGGACAAGGACAAGGACAAGGCCAGGCCCCAGGACAAAGCCAAUCCCCGUCGCAGCAACAACAACAGCAAUCCGCCAAUAACCUGGAACGCAAAGAGCUGACCAUUGUGAGGGAAUAUCGCCAGGAUACGGGAAUACUAAAGCAACAAUCUGGCGGAGCAGCACCAUCGUCUGGCGGAGCGGGUAGCCUGCCGCAUGGCACCUCCGUGCAGAAGCUAACAUCCCGGCCAGCAGCUGUGGUGCAGCAGCAGCAGCAGCAGCAGCAGCAGCAGCCGCCACCGGCACAUCCCAUGCCAACCACCAGUGCUGGCAACUCGGCCAACAGUGGAAGCAAUAAUGGUACCAGCGAUAGCCUGGCCACCUUAUCGGUGGUUAAUUCCCACUUGGGCGUGGGUGUGGGUGUGGGCGUUGUGGGACCCCUCAGCCAUCCGGCGCUGAUGGCCCAUGCUGCAUCCGCUGGAGUUGGAGUCGGUGUGGACAAGGCCACCAUUACGCCGGUGGUCAAGGGCUCGAGUGGCUCGUCGAAGAGUGCGUCCAGUCACUCGACGCCCACGCCGCCGGAAACCAUCAUUUACAAUGUGCCAGCGGCGCAUCCGCAACGCGGUAUACCACCGCCGCCGCAGCAUUCGGUGCAUCCAGCGCAUCCAGCGCAUCCAGCGCAUCCAUCGCUGGCCCAGCACCCGGCACAUCCGCAACAGCAGCAUCCCUCGCAUGGCCAGCAUCCGCAGCACUCGCAGUUGCAGGUGCCCGAGCCGGAGCCACAGACCCUGGACCUGAGCAUUAAGAAGCCACCGCGUGACGGCCAUUCGCCGCACACCGGCGGAUCGGGUGGAUCCGGAUCGGGCGUGUCAUCUGGUGUUCCAUCCUCCGAUCGCCAUCAUGGCCCACCGCCGCCCAGCAUGUCGAUGAAGCACAUUGUCCGCUCCACGAACAUGUACCGCGGCGACACCGUUGGCGUGCCCUCGCUGGCGGCACCACCCAACUCCUAUCUGUAUCCCAAUCCGCCGCAUGGCGUCCUCAAGGCCGCCGGCGGUGUGGGCGUCGUGCCGGGCGUUGUGCUCCCCGGUGUGCCCGGCAGUGCCCUCUAUCUGCAGCCCGUUCCGGGGCCAGUGCCCAUUUCCAUCUCGGGGCAGGGACAACUACCGCCCAGAGCGGGACAACCGCCGCCGGCACAGCCGCCGUCGGGACGAGGCGGUGUGGCCAAGGCGCCGCCCAAAUUGAGUCCCCAGCAGGCCCAUCAUUUGCAUCCCAGCCACGUACACUCGCCGUCGCAGCAACAGCAACAGCAGCAACAGCAACAGCAACAGCAACAGGCGGCUGCAGCAGCAGCAGCAGCAGCAGCAGCACAACAACAACAGCAGCAACAGAUGCUGGUGAAGAGCGGCUCCAUCACCCAUGGCACGCCCACAAAUAGUGCCCAACAGCAGAUCAUUGUCCAUGCGGCUGCGGCAGCGGCAGCAGCAGCAGCUGCAGCAGCCUCAUCCUCCUCGCUGCUCAGCCCCAAGUUCGAGGGUCACGUGCGCCAGACAACGCCCGAGGGUGGCGUCAAUUCGGGCACAGUCGGACCCGUGGGCGGCAACAAGCAUGGCUCCAUCACGCAGGGCACACCGCUGCAUCUGCCGCCCCAUCACUUGGAGAGCAAGCGGGCCUACGAGUUCUACAAGAGUUCCCAGCGCCAUAGUCCGGCCCAGCAGCAGCUGGUUGGCAGCCAGCAGCUGCCACCGCCACCGCAGCAAUCAUCGCCGCAGGCCCCACCGCCCCAGGGCUAUGGAGUGGGCGUGGGCGUUGGCGUUGGCGUUGGCUCACCCUAUGCCCGAACCUCGUUUGGCGGUGUGGUCGACCAGGCACCGGUCCUAAGUACACGCCAAAUAGUGAUGCACGAUUACAUCACGUCGCAGCAAAUGCAGGGGCAACAGCAGCAGCAGCAACAGCAGCAACAGCAGCAACAACAGCAGCAGCAACAGCGCAACAUGUCACGCGGCAGCAGUGCCAGUGGCGGCGGCGGAGGAGGCGGUGGCUCCGACAAGGAGUCGCCGUCGCCGCGGAACAGUGUGGGCAGUGCCGGGGGAUUCGCCUACGGCGGGGACAAGGACCCGGCGCCCAGGGGACGACCGGAGUACUCCAGUCGCGCAUCGCCAGCAGAUCAUGCCAACAGCACCCCAAGUCCGCAUCGCACACCGCCACCGCAGCGGCAGGGCGUUAUCCAGCGUCACAAUACUGGCUCGAAGCCACCAUCGCCGGCAGCUCCGCCACCAAGUCGGAUGCACAUAGCGCCACCGUAUCAAUAUGCUCCAGCCGGACACGAUGCCUUGGCCUCGUUUGUGGACGUGGCCGUGCAGCAGCCUCAGUUGCCGGUGCCGUCGCAGAAGGACGACAAGUCGCCGGGUGCAGCACCACCGCCGCCGCCGCCGGGAGUGCUCGGUGCCGGGCCGCCGCAUGGUCCCUCGUCCCUGCCCACAUUGGCUGUGGUGGGCGUGCCGCAGCAACCGCCACCGACCGCCCAUCACGAUCAGCGGUAUCGAGACCUGGCCCUGCAUCACCAUCACACCAUGGUGCAGCAGCAGAUGGUGCAGCAGCAGCACUACCGCAGCCUCAAUGUGGCCGCCCAGGUCGAUAUGCAGCGGCAUUUGCAGGAUCAGGCCAAGCGGGCGCUGCGCCAGCAACACCAACAGCAGCAGCAGCAGCAGCAGCAGCAACAGCAGCAACAGCAGCAACAGCAGCAGCAUCAGCAGCAUCAGGCCCAGCAGCAGCACAACCAUGCCCUCGAACGGGACAGAGAGAUCCUGCAGAGCCAGGAGCGGAUGCGCGAACGGGACCGCGAGCGGGAAAGGGAACGUGAGCGGGAGCGGGAGCGAGAACGUGAGCGCGAGCAGCGGGAAAGGGAACGAGAACGUGAGCGGGAACGAGAACGGGAACGGGAACGCCGCGAACAGGAUCGCGAACGGCGUGUGGUGGUCGAAGAACGCGAGCGGGACAGUCGACGCAUGGAGCGCAUGUUCGCCGGCAGUGUGGGCACCGCAUCUGGCGGCGCCGGAGGCGGCGGUCCGUCGCCCGGUCACUUUAUACGAGCUCCGGUCCCGGAGACCGGUCCACCACGCUCCAUUCCAGAUCGCGAACGAGAGCCAUACUAUCGUGCGGCACAUGGCGGCCCCAAUCCCGAGGAUGCACCCGGACAACUGAGUGCCCAGAGUCUGAUCGAUGCCAUCAUCAAGCACGAGAUCAAUCGCACCAACGACGCCACCGCCGGUCCGGGACGUGAGUUCCCGCGCCCGUCCUUUGUCCACGCCCCGCCGCCGCCUCGCGGAUCCGGAGCGGGGGGCGCUGGCGGCACCCGAUCCUCGCUGUACCUGCGCGAUCUUCGCCAGCCGCACGAGGGCGGCGCCGUGUCGCUGCUGUCGGCGGAGAACAAUGGCAAGCCCAGUUCGUCGGGAUCGCCCAGUGUGAUCAACAUUGACUUGGAUCAGGAGCGCAUCUCGGCAGCAGCAGCGGCAGCAGUUGCCCAGCAACAACAGCAACAACAGCAACAACAGCAACAGCAGCAACAGCAGCAACAAGCUCCGCCGCCCUCGUCGCAGUCGUCACAGUCGAGAUCGGUGCAUGGUCAGUUGAGAACACCGACUUCGCAGUCUGGCGGAUCGGCUCCCAGUCCCCAGCAGACGCACACCAAGAGCAUCACCUUCGGGGAGCUAACCGACUCGAUAAUCACCAAUGACUACGGCACCAAUCCCCAUCUGCGGCCAACGCCGCCCUUCAUGGCUUACCUGCAGGAGGCGCAGUCCAUUCUGCCACCGGAUCGCUGGAAGCAAAAUCGCCGACUGCAGCAGAAGGCCGAGGAGGCCAAACACCAUUCGCAGCAGCAGCAGCAGCAGCAACAGCAACACCAGCAGCAACAUCAUGCACAGCAGCAGCAGCAGCAGCAGCAGCAGCAUCACGUCCAGCAACAGCAGCAUCAUCCACAAAUGCCAGGCAGCGGCUCAGGAUCGGCUCCAGGUGGUGGUGGCGGCGGCGGUCCGGGCGGAGCACCUGGUGGCCCCAGUGGCGCCGGCGGCGGCGGCGGCGGCAGCGGCAGCGGCAGGUCCAAUACACCCGGCGAAGAUGGACGCAACAUAAUUCGCAUGCCGCAGGCAGUUAGUCCGCGUAAAUUCACCCACGAGAUGAUGAUGCACCAGGUGAUGGGAGCAGCGGCGGCGGCGGGUGGUGAGCCGGCCCAUUACUUCUUGCCGGCGCCGGGUCGCGCUCUAGUUCCCAUGCCGCCGGAGCAACGGGGUGCGCAUGGCGGUGGUGGCGGCGCUGGCGGCGGUGGAGCGCCUGGGGCAGGAGGACCACCCGGCUCUGGAGGAGGCGGUGCCACCACCAUUGACAACUAUGUCAAGAAUCGCAUUGCCGAGGUGAUGCGCGAUGACAUUGGCUAUGGCAAGAAUCGUGGCAGUGUGGAGGUGCGAUCCGACGAUGAAGUGGCCGCCGAUCUGGUGGUCGCCCACUCGCAUGCCGCCGUCCAUGCCGCUCAUGUGGCCCAUGCGGCCCAUGUGGCCCAUGCCGCCGCCGCCCUGGAGCUGCAGCACAGAAGCAAGGAGCCGCCGCCGCCCGAGAUCAGUGUGUCGCGCAAGACGCCCAAUCAGUACGAGGUGGUGGACGCCAGCGGCAGACGCUCGGCGGGCAGCGGUUCCGUUUCGGUUUCCGUUUCGGGGGCCAACAGUCACCACUCGCCGUACCAUGCACCGCCGGCGUCCUAUGUCCCCAGCACCUAUGCCUUUCCCUACAGCGCCCUGACCGUGCCCAGUGCCGCUGGAGGAUUACCGCCGCCGCAGCCACUGCAGCUGGCCGCCCACCAGGCGGUGCCACCGCCCGGCCACCUGAGUGCCAAGGCCAAGGCGGCGCAUGCCCUCAGCGAACUGGGCGGCGGCGGCGGUGGAGGAGGCGGAGGCGGAGGAGGAGGAGUCGGUGGCGGGGUAUCGCUGGUGGUGGGCAGUGGCUCGUCCGGAAUGGGAGGCGGCGGUGGACCCGGUGGUGUGCCCGGCGGUGGCGGUGGACCCGGUGGCGGCGGCGGCGGCGGUGGAGCAGGAAUCCCAGCCGGCCCGGGAAUCCCCGGCAGCACGGGAGCGGGCACGGGCAGCGGAUCCGCUCCUGCCCCGGCGCCCACCACUCCCACGUCCACGUCGGGUCCGCCGUCGGCGAGCAGCAGCAUCAACUCUCUGCCGCUGACUUCGAUGGGAGCGGGCGUUGAGUUGGCCGUGGCCAGGCCCAAGUGCAACAGCAUUCUCCACGUAUUCCACGAGUGGCUCUUCGAGGCGGCGCACAUCGGCGGCGACACUUGGCGCCAGAACCGCAAGAAGCAGGCAUGCGAGGCCAGUAAGCGGCCGUCGUCGAUGAUCAUGGAGCACCGCAAGGGAUCCAUUUCGCUGUCGCAGCCCAACUCGCUGAACGAUCCGCAGUCGCUGCCGCCGACACUGACCAUUGACAAGUACGAGUCUGGACGGGCCGAGGCCAUUGGCACACUGUGCAAGAUCUUCUGCGCCAAGAAGACGGGCGAGGAGAUCCUACCCGUCUAUCUGGCACGCUUCUACAUGGCGCUGCAGCAGUGCCUGAAGAUCACGGAAUCGCGGGAGUGCGACGAAACGCUGGCCAGCAUACUGCUCCACUCGAGCGACCUCUUCCGCUUGGACCUGGAUGGCAUCAAUGUGCUGCUGCCGGGCUUCAUUGCCGCUCUGGAGAUUGUGCUGCCCGACAAGGACCUUAAGCUGAAGACCCAGUCGAUGGUCUUCAAUCGCACCGAGCUGAGGCGCUCGGCCAUCAACAUCCUGCUGUCCAUUAUGGUGCUGCCCCUGCAUUACCAGACGUUGCCCAUACGGGAUCUGACCAGCGAAACGAGCGAGAAAAUGUACACCUUCAUACAGCUGAAGUCGCGGCUGAUGAACAUCCUGAUGAACGCGCUGCAGGUGGAAACGGAUGCCCAGAACACGCACAUGCUGCUGGGCGGCCUGUUGCUCUGCGUCCAGGAUGCCGUCACCUUCGAGGAGACGGAACUGGGCGGCGGCAAUGCCAGUCUCUCGCACAACUCCAGUGGCGUCCAGCACCACGAGGCCAAUUUGCUGAGCUCCGCGUGCUCGGAGCGUUCCGCUUCGCUGGUCAGCGCUGGCACGGCCAGUUUGGGUGGCCAGACGACGGCCACCAUGGGAGCGGGAUCGGGCUCCAUUCGCGACACCGCCUCCGCCCACGAUUAUCCCAGCCUGACCAUUUCGGAUGAUAUGUCAUUCGAGUUUGGCCAGGAGCUGGAAAGCGUAACCACCUAUGAUAAUGCCCAUGCCCUAUUUGUGCGCGCCACGUAUUUGGUUUGUCAUCGUCUGAUCUCGUCGUGGAAGACGGAUCUGAAUGUUUCGCUGGCCGCCUUGGAGCUGCUCUCUGGUUUGGCCAGGUUGCAUAUCCGGGAAACAGACACAUUAGUGAAAAUAUACGAAGCUAGUCAGAAUCUAACGAUAAUCUCCUCAGACGCUCUAGAGUGCAAGCGGGCCGUGAAGUGGAUCUGUGACUAUAUCUGCUACCAGUGCUCCCGUCCGCCGCCGGCGCACAGCAAGGAUCUGCAUAGCACCAUUGUGGCGGCCUUCCAGUGCACCGCCGCCUGGCUGAUGCAGCAUCCGUAUCUGCUGCAGGACAAGGAUUGCCUGCAAACGGUGCUCGAGGUGGUGGAACUGGGCAUUUCGGGCACCAAGAGUCAGACCAAGGGCACCGAUAUACCCAAGUUCAAGGACGAAAAGGAACUGAAGCCGGCAUCGAUGAGGGUGCGAGAUGCGGCCGAGAAUCUGCUGACCAUUAUUCUGGAGCAAGUGGGUUACUUUCCCAGUGAAUGUGGCCCGGAAUCCAUAUCCUCGCUGCUCGAUGAGUUGGCCCUCAUGAAGCAUUGCAAUUCAAUGGUGCCGGCGGCGGCGGCCAGCAGCGAACAAGCCAUUGCCAAGUUCAAGUACUUUGUCACCGAGAACUCCACCAUAUUGGCGCUGCUCGAGGAGCCGCUGGGCAAUGACCAGGAUCCCCAGCCAACGGUGACUUUACUCAUACGCGGUCCAUUUGGUCGACAUGCGUGGACGAUGCAGCUGCGCCAUCUGCCGCGCAGUAAAUCGGGGAUUAAAUACCAUGCCGUCAAUCCUGGCCGGCCCAUACCCAUGAACGAUGUCACCCAGCGGCCGGAGUGCGAGCAAAAGAAUUUCCCGGACGGUGUGGACAAGGUGCAACCCUGUGUGGCGGACUACUCCAUACCGACGAUCGAGCAGAUGCGUGAGCAAUACGGUGCGGCCAGCAUUCGAGAGCUGGAGGCGAUGCUGGAAACGCAAAGCAUCCAUGAGAAGUUGGCCUGGGCGGAGGCGGACACCAGUGCGGAUAGUUUGUCGCAUGGACAGGAAUGUGUGCCGCCGUCGGUGUGCCACGAGUUCCAUGCGGCACGACUCUUCCUCUCGCACUUCGGUUUCCUCGGCUUCGAGAUGCGCAAUCCGCACAAUCCCGCCGAGGCACUGGGCAAUCCGCCACAGCGACCGCUCAUCGUGCUGGACACCAAGUCCACGGCCUUUGCCGCCGAUCUGGAUCGACUGGACAAGCUGAGUGCCAGGACGCACGACACUGUCUAUGUGUUCUAUGUGAAGUCCGGACAGACGAGUGCCCAGCAGAUCAUCGGUAAUAUGUCGGAGGAGCAAUCCGCCGGCCAUGAUCCGCACUUUGCCAGCAUGCUGCAGACCUUGGGCUGGCCAGUUCAGGUCACGGAGCACUCCGGCUGGACGGGCUUUGCCCACAAUUCGUGGUCACUCAAGGGAACGCCCGAGGAACAGCAGCUGAAAAUCAAUACGGCCGCCAAUGAGCUCAACUACAAUGGGUCGCAGAGGGUGCUCUACUGGGCGGAUGUGUCCUCGGAAAUUGCCUUUGUGGUGCCCACGACGUGGAAUCUACGACAUAAUAGCGACACCGGUGGCGACAGUGCAAGUAUCUCGAGUGCGGAUCAAAUUGGCACCAGCAAUGUGUGGGCACGCGGCGAGGCGGAUGGCAUAACUGGUUUGGCGAAAUCCAAGUCAAGGAAUCUCAGUCUGGAGCUGGACACUCACAAUCGUAGGGAGUCAGGUGCCAAGGAGCCAGUGCCGCCGACCCGGCGAAAGGGUAAUGUGACGAAGCCCACGCUGUUGGCCCAGGCACCGGCCAAGAUCUUUCUGGUGUGGCUGGAGAGCUACGAGGACUACCUCAACUUUCCGCUCGAGGAUGUGCUGGCCUAUACGCGCACCGGCGAGGAGUUGCACACGCUGCAGCUGCCCCGCGCCACCGACUGCCAUGUGAUCUUCGUGCACUCGCUGCUAUCCGGAUUGCUGAGGGUCAAGCUUCAGGGUCCGCCCGGGCGGAUGAGCUUUGCCACGCCCCUUGUCGAUGGCAUGGUACUGAGCCGGCGGGUCGUCGGCAAUCUGGUGCGACAGACGGCAUUAAACAUAUCACGCCGCCGGCGACUGGACAAUGACAACUACCAACCGCCGCAUGUGCGACGACGACUCAAGGUGCAGGACAUUGUCCAGAAGUACAAAAUGGAUCUGAGCGAGGCCGAGCUGCUGGCCCAUCUGUUCCAACGUGCAAUUUAGCCGGCCUUCGAAAGUAUUAACCAAUAACCCGAUGGGAUUAGAGCCAGAAAAUGUCGGUCCAUGUCCUUGUCUGUAUUAACGUGUGCUUAACUAAAAAACCCCCACUAAAAAACAAAAAAAUGAUUCGUAUUCGGUGUCCACUGAGUGUUACCCGAAAGAUAAUCGUAUGCUAAUAUUAUUAUUUUUUUGCUAAUAAAUCGAAUUAUACUUUGUAAAAGUAUUUGUAAUAUUA